GUAAACUAAAAGCUGGGGAAACUGUUGUUGUGUCGGGUGCUGCUGGUGCAACAGGAAGUGUGGUUGGUCAAAUUGCAAAAAUCAAAGGUGCAAGAGUAAUAGGCAUAGCCGGCUCUCCUGAUAAAUGCGCUUGGAUAGUAGAUGAAUUGGGUUUCGAUGUUGCCUUAAAUUAUCGUGAUCCCGAUUUCCCUAAGCAAUUAACCAAGGCAACGCCAAAUUAUAUAGAUGUAUAUUUUGAUAACGUUGGGGGUGACAUAUUAAAUCUUU